AUCGACCUUCUCACUACCAUCAUCGCCGCAGGUACACCUCACGGCUUGCUCAGCUCUUCCCCCGCACCUUCUUUCCGUCUCACAGACUUGCCUCGUUUUGAGCGUAUCCUCGACUGGCUCUCAACCCAUUGGGACCAAGGCUCUCUCACUCUUUCUCGUGACGAUGAUGGUCUUACCGUCAUGGACAUUCAUCUUGGCUCGGGCAGCAAGUUGGACGCUGCCGCCUUCGUAGCUGCGGGGAAGAAGCGCAAACGAGUGGUUGACGAGGAUGCGGACUCAGCAGCAGGUAGCGGGGAUGAGGCGGAGGAGUCUUACGAGGAAGUGAAAAUGCCUGUGUCUGCACUUGAGAGCUUGACGAAGGAUCUCAAGGAGGUCUAUACCGUGCUUCAGAAGAGCACGGCUCGCGGGCGUCUACUUGCUGAGCAGUUCCGCUCAGCCAAUCCUUCAUUCGAACCCAUAUGCUCACAUAUCACCAAGUCAGACUGUCUGAAAGCGCGUUCUGCUGCGUUCUCCACCACCCCCGCCACCAUCUGCGACCGCGUCCACUUCAGACCCCUCAUUCGGCCCCAUACUGACCCUGCCCUCGGACACUGCUCCUACCUAAAUACCUGCUAUUCGGAGCCCACAUACGCUCAGUCACCGUCCAUACCACCCCUACCGUCGUCGCAGAACCACAUGAGCGCGCAGUGGCCCAAGCCGCAGCUUCCGUCAGGUCUGGGAGCUGGAGGCAGAGGGAAAGAGAAGGCUCCGUGCCGGUACCUGCAUUACGAGGUGGACUGGGAUGCGGGAGAUGCAGGGAAGGGAGACGAUGUGAAGAAGGAUACGACCAUGAGGAAGAAGCCUUAUAGGUUGGGCAUUGGUUUGGGACCCAUGGGGAAGGGGCUGACCACGCUUCCACCACAGUGGAUCAAUUGCGACCUUCGUCGGUUCGACUACUCUGUUCUUGGUAAAUUCCAUGUCAUCAUGGCAGAUCCACCAUGGGAUAUUCACAUGAGCUUGCCGUAUGGAACCAUGACGGACGAUGAGAUGAGAGCUAUGCCCAUCCCAGCUUUGCAGGAUGAGGGAUUGCUGUUCCUAUGGGUGACAGGUCGCGCCAUGGAAGUCGGACGCGAAUGCCUGCGUGUAUGGGGCUACACUCGGAUAGACGAGGUCGUCUGGGUGAAAACCAACCAGCUUCAGCGCGUCAUUCGCACAGGCCGUACGGGCCACUGGCUCAACCACACCAAGGAACACAUGUUGGUGGGCAUGAAGACGAAUAUCGACGCCGAUGGAAACCUGAAGUUUCCGCCGUGGGUGAAUCGGGGGCUCGAUACGGAUGUCAUCGUUUCCGAGGUGAGGGAGACGAGCCGAAAGCCGGACGAGGCGUAUGGAUUGAUUGAGAGGAUGUGUCCUGGUGGGAGGAAGAUUGAGAUUUUCGGAAGGAAGCAUAAUGUGCGACCAGGGUGGUUGACUUUGGGAAACCAAUUGGGCGGAGACCAGAUAUUUGAGGAGGAUCUGGCGACGAGGAUCAGGACUAGGUAUCCUGAGCGUGCGGUGAAUGUAUCUACUGUCCCCCAAUAUUCGUGACAAAUGAGGCACGCAUCCGUCCCUCCGUCUUGUUAUCUGCUUUCUUGAACUGCACCUCGGACAUUUGUCGAUCAUCUUGUGUAACUACCUGCUCCAUCUCUGUAUAAUC